AUGGCGAGCGGAAGGACCUGGCCCUCGAGAGAAGGCUUCACGGCAGACGUGCUAGGCUCUCUUAUAUCCCGUGCCGUCCUUGAUCCAUGGAAGGUGAUUCCUCUUUUCGCCUUGGCCCAAUACACAACCAAGGGACAGGCUAUACUUUCAGCCCAUCCAAAGCUUCUCAAAGCACUGCGUCAGCUAGCAGCCCUCGCACUUCUGACCCGCCUCAGCAGCUGGCUAACCAGGCGUACGCUGAACAACGGCUUCAGGGACUCUUACGACUGGAACAAGGAGGUUAUCGUCCUCACAGGUGGCAGCAAUGGCAUCGGCCAACGCAUCGCCAACCUCCUAGGCGAGAAAGAUACCAAAGUUGCCAUCCUGGACAUAUCCCCACCAGACUCCCUCCCCAACAGCAUCCGCUUCUACCAGUGCGACAUCACCUCGCCCGAUGAAAUCGCCUCAGCAGCACAAGCAAUCCGCUCCUCCUUCGGCCGCCCAACCAUCCUCAUCAACAAUGCCGGAGUAUGCACCGGCAAAACCAUCCUCUCCUCCACCCCCGAGCAAACCCGUCGCAUGUUCGACAUCAAUGCUCUCUCGCACUAUGCCCUCGCAAGAGAAUUCCUCCCAGACAUCGUCUCCGCCAACCACGGCAUGGUCGUCACCAUCGCCUCUCAGGCUGGCUACGCUGUCACUCCCAAUAUGGUCGAUUACUCUGCCUCCAAGGCUGCGGCGAUAGCCUUCCAUGAGGGAUUGGCUGCCGAGCUGGUGACGAGGUACUCGGCGCCAAGGGUGAGGACCGUUCUUGUUACGCAGGGCUUUACGAAAACGGCGUUCAUUAAGGAUCUUACACCCGAGGAUACGUGGUUCAAUCCUUUGCUUGAGCCGGAGAGUGUGGCGGAGGGGGUGGUGAGGCAGGUCUUGAAGGGGGAGAGUGGAGUGGUUGUUUUGCCGGGCUCGGUGGGGUGGCUUGCUACUAGGUUGAGGGGGUAUCCGGGGUGGUUUCAGCAUAUACUGAGAUGUCGGCUGGAGAGGUUGAUGCGGACUGAGUAG